GCAUAAUAUAAUAUGCUACAAAACUGUGACCGCAUCGGACAAAUCGUCAGUCUGUGAUAGCUCGCGGAAUCAUUGACUCGUGUGGUAGUUGGACUUCUGAUAAAAAGUUUAAUUAAAUCAACAAUCAUACCAUCAUGGUGAAGGCCAAAAAAUAUGUCGUUAAGAAAUACUUCGAAGGCGUACCAAAAAGGUCAGAUUUCGAAUUAGUAGAAUACGAACUACCACCUCUGAAAGACGGCGAAGUUUUAGUCAAAACCGAAUGGGUCAGCGUGGACCCCUAUUUGCGUGCCUACAAUCGGAAUGUCCCGGUGCCGUACGACCAAUAUGGUUUUCAAGUUGGUAUUGUUGAACAAUCCAAUGACACUAAUUAUCCCGUAGGAGCCAGAAUUGUAACCCAUAAAGGGUGGUGUGACUAUACAGUGGUAAAUACCUCAAAAGUUUCAACGGGUAAUUCUACAGAAGUCACUUAUAAAUUACCAGAUUUAAAAGGCAUGUCCCCGUCGAUAGGUAUUGGUGCAGUUGGAAUGCCUGGAAUUACUGCUUAUUUUGGAUUUUUGGAACUUUGCCAACCCAAAAUUGGAGAAACUGUAGUUGUAACUGGUGCAGCAGGAGCAGUAGGUUCUAUAGUAGGACAAAUUGCUAAAAUAAAAGGCUGUAAAGUCAUUGGUUUCGCUGGAUCGGAUGAUAAAGUAAAAUGGUUGGAGAAGGAACUCGGAUUCGACAAAGCCAUUAAUUAUAAGACCGCCGAUGUACAGAAGGCUCUCCAAGCUGCUGCACCUAAUGGAGUGGAUUGUUACUUUGAUAAUGUGGGCGGUGAAAUAAGCAGUAUAAUUAUGGGUCAGAUGAAUAAAAGAGGAAGAGUAUCUGUUUGCGGCAGUAUUAGCGCAUACAAUGCAGAUCCAACGCAAAUUCCAAAAGCAACGAUUUUACAACCAUCUAUCGUUUUUAAGGAGCUUAGAAUAGAAGGAUUCGUUGUACAAAGAUGGCUCGACCGUUGGCCAGAGGCCAUCACACAGCUAAUUACCUGGAUAAAGAUGGGUCAAUUAAAACCAGCGGAGCAUGUGACAGUCGGUUUUGACAAGAUUUUCGACGCAUUCGUUGGAAUGCUAGCUGGAGAAAACACUGGAAAGGCUGUUGUUAAAAUUUAAGGUAUUUUACAAUAGUAUUAAAAAUGGAAUAUAUAAAAACAUUUUAAUAUCGCUUACGC